AUGGCUAAAAUAGAGGAGAAAAAACUCCCAAUUUUGGAUGAGCUAGACAAACCAGGCAUCACAAAUGAAGAAGUGGAGAACUUGCAUGCAAGAUGGGCCAAAGAUUACGACAAGGAUCUCGAGGACCUCAACCAUUAUGCACCAGCUAACAAUGCUAAUAAGGUAGAGAAAGCAUUGAAAGACAAAAAAGACGCGCUUAUUUUAGAUGCCGGCUGCGGAACUGGUUUGGCAGGAGUAGAACUUACAAAGCGUGGUUUCCACAACCUCCACGCCCUGGAUGGGUCAAGUGAAAUGCUUGAGCAGGCAAAACAGAAGGGCAUCUAUAAGAAAAUGAUGUGUGCCUUACUUGGACCAAAUCGGUUGGAUAUCCCGGACAAUACAUACGACGCAGUUGUCAUGUGCGGGGCUGUUGGUUCUGGACACGUGAACGGAAGUUGCUUGGGGGAACUCAUUCGCAUCGUUAAACCAGGCGGCUACGUCGUCGUUGACACCCUUUUCAAGUAUGCCCAUGACUGUGACUACCAAGGCAAGAGUUGGGACGAAAUAAUUGACGGCUUCCUUUUGACCGGACGCUGGGUCACGGUGACCAGACGCCUGGUGGAGAAGUCGUUUAACUCUCUGGACGGGAUGCAGUACACUUUUCAAGUGAAGUAA